AUGGUGUACAUACAUGAGGAAGACAUAUAUUAUUUUGGAGGUGAAGUUAUAUACUUGGAUUGGAUUGAUCCAGAUUGUAUGUCUCUGUUUGAGUUAGAUGGUUAUCUUGUCGACAUUGGCUAUAUGGGAAGUAUGAGGGUGAUGGAGAAAUAUAGGACGAUAUAUGGCUGGGCAUAUUUUUGGAGACUACCCGGAGAAAGAUUGAAUGAAGGGCUGCACGAACUGACUAGUGACAGUGCUAUUCUGGACAUGGCUACAAAGAUAGUUCAAGAAACCAAGUUUGUGGAGGUGUAUUUAAUCAAUAAAGAAGAGUUAAGGAAAGCUAGAUUAGAAGCAGAUGAAGGAGCACCUUCAAGUAAUCAACCAGCUGCUGACAUGGAAGCAGAACACCAAUAUGAGAUGGGAAAUGAACACCAUGAGAUGGGAACUGAAUAUGGACAGGAGACCAAUGAUGUUAGAGUGGAGGAUGAUUUGGAACAAGCUUCAUAUGAGAAUUACGAAGUGAGUGAAAAGGAUAUGGAAGUGCAGAACAGUGAUGUGGAGAAUGCAAAUGGUGCUAUUUAUAUCGACUCUUCAUUUGAUGUCAAUAUUGAUGAUGAGUUUUAUGAUUCAGACAAUCCGGGGAGUGUUCACUCUGAUGAAGAAGAAUGUGUUCCAACUCGUGCAAGAUACCCUCAAUUCAAUCCAGAAAAAUAA